AUGAGUCUAAACGGGGCAUCUCCGGCCCGGCGGGACUCUGCGACGCCGGAGGGUGAAGUGAGCCUGCCGCAGCUGACGGUGCUGCUGCUGAUGCUGCCGAUGCUGCUGCUGCUGCUGCAGGCGCCGGCCGACACUCGGGCCCAAUCCUCUCGGGCCGGCCUGACCCAGUCGGCGUACACGGCGCCGAUCCCGCCCGGCCGGGUCGAACUGGUCGAGGAGCGACCCUUCGGUUGGCUGGUGCCCGGGGUCGCCGAGUACCUGACCGAGGCGCGUCAGCUGUUGCGCGACUCGGACGAGGGCUCGUCCGUCCGCCGGCCGUCCGACGCGGCCGGCGUCGUCGCCGAGGCCGGGCCCGAGGCGACGUUUCAUCUGAUCGGCUCGGACGAAGUGUCGCGGGCGUUGGCGUUGAAUCCGCACACCGGCGAGUUGCGGGUUCGCGGGCCGAUAGAUCGGGACUCUCUGUGUCCCAGGCUCGAGGCCGACGACGACGACGGCGACGGCGACGACGACGGCGACGACAGAGCCGCGCCCGAGGCCGCCGGGCAGACGGGCCGCGGCCGCGGCGCUGAGGCUCGGCCGGGCGAGCUCGACUCGAGUCCCGUCGGCGGCCUCUUGUACCCGCCGGACGAGGCCGGCGAGUGCUCGCGUCUGGUGCAC